UACGGCCUUUAGAAUCCCUAGUUUCUUUCUCUCUCUCUCUCUCUCUCUCUCUUGGCGCGAGCUCGAGAAUUCUCCAGCUAAAAUCGACGAAACGAAACCCUAACCCUAGAUCUCCGAUCCAUGGCGUCGAUCGAGAGAGAAAAGCUCGUCAAGGCUUUCUUCAUCGGCGGCAUUGUCCUCGCCUCCACCGUCGCCGCGAUCCAGCUAGGGCUUGCUCCGGCGAUUCUUCCGACGAUUUGCUCGAGAUUUCGAAAGAAGAAGAAGCCGAUUAGGGUUUACAUGGACGGGUGCUUCGACAUGAUGCACUACGGGCAUUGCAACGCGCUGCGGCAGGCUAGGGCUCUUGGCGAUGAGCUUGUCGUUGGUGUCGUUAGCGAUGACGAGAUCACGAGGAACAAAGGACCACCGGUGACUCCGCUUCACGAGAGGAUGAUAAUGGUAGGUGCCUUGAAGUGGGUAGAUGAUGUCAUUCCCGAUGCCCCAUAUGCUAUCACCGAAGAAUUUAUGCAGAAGUUGUUCAAUGAGUAUGAUAUAGAUUACAUCAUCCAUGGGGAUGACCCAUGCCUGCUCCCUGAUGGCACUGAUGCAUAUGCUCUCGCCAAGAAGGCAGGUCGUUAUAAGCAGAUCAAGAGAACGGAAGGAGUGUCAAGCACAGACAUUGUUGGCCGCAUGCUUCUUUGUGUGAGGGAAAGGUCCCAUGGUGAGAGUCACAAUCAUUCUUCCUUACAAAGGCAAUUCAGCCAUGGGCAUGGCAGUCCAAGAGGCCCAAAAGUUGAGGAUGCUUGGUCUGCUAGUGGAACCCGUGUAUCUAAUUUCUUGCCUACAUCUCGGCGGAUAGUACAAUUUUCAAACGAGAAGGGGGCAGGUCCAGAUGCUCGAGUAGUGUACAUUGAUGGUGCAUUUGAUCUUUUCCAUGCUGGACACGUGGAGAUACUGAGACUUGCUCGAGAACUUGGAGAUUUUUUACUUGUGGGGAUUCACACUGAUCAAACAGUCAGUUCUACUCGAGGUGCCCAUCGUCCAAUCAUGAAUCUUCAUGAGAGAAGUUUAAGUGUUUUGGCUUGCCGUUAUGUUGAUGAGGUGAUCAUUGGUGCCCCCUGGGAGGUUUCAAAAGACAUGAUCACAACCUUUAACAUCUCAUUGGUGGUUCAUGGAACAAUUGCUGAAAACAUGGACUUUUUGAAGGAGAAAUCCAAUCCGUACGAGGUUCCAAUCGAGAUGGGUAUCUACAGACAACUAGAAAGUCCUCUUGAGAUCACAACUAGUACGGUUAUCAAGAGGAUAGUUGCGAACCAUGACGCCUAUCUGAAACGAAAUGAAAAGAAGGAAGCAAGUGAGAGGAAGUACUAUGAGAGUAAAACAUUCGUGUCUGGAGAUUGAUGCUAAGGAAGAUAACAAAGUAGCUCUUCACAUUGAAGACACGAAAGUGCUAACAUUUCUCGUCUGAUACUCUUUUCCUUCAAGCUUCAUUCUGCUAUUGGGAUGAUCCAAGUUUUGCAUUAUUUGUCAAAAUCACAUAGGCACCCUUGGAGAUAUAGCUUAGUGGUAGCCUGUGACUCGGCUGCAAUUAGAAUCUGUCAACUUUCUCCCUUCUUUUUUUCUUGCUUUCCUCUAGCAUUUGUUUGUCAUCUAUAUCGCAAAAUCUUCUAUUUGCAUUCUGUGUUCUUGUGCUUGUACGUUCCUACAUGACCUUUUUUUUUUGACACGAGGAGGCCCAUAUUAUACAAUCCAAUGUAGAAAGAGAUGAUCGUAGACGUUUGAUACAAAUUACCAAUCUCUGGCUUUUUUCAGA